GGUAAUGUCAGAAGACUCGGAUAGCUCUUUGGAUAAUGAUUUUUACUUCAGUUCGGAGACUGAUGUGGAUGAUUUUGAGGGCAUUGAAGAUUUUGAAAUGGAACGUUAUUUAGAGCACUUUGGGUUGGAGAUGAGUGAAAAUGUGCCUCAGGGAUUUCCGAUUUGGGCCUUCUGAAAGCAUUGACAAUUUUUGAAGAAUUUUGCAACUGAACUUGGAAUAUGCCCUGAAAAUGAAGAGUGAGAGAUUGGCAAGACAUCUUUAUGAUCCAUCCCUAUACCAACAGAGAGCGAAGAAGCUACGAAUUCUAAUGAGAAGACCGAGGACCAGAAAACAUUAGAAGGAUUGAAAAACACACUAUCUACUACCGAGUUAGAAAAAUUAGAGAAGUUUGACUGUCAGAUUUGUUAUGAAAUAAUGGACCCAAAUCUUUCGAUUAUGGCAACCUGCUGAUCAAGAACUUGGUGCUUCAAUUGUAUUAUUAGGAGCCUGAAAGAGAGGGAUACAUGUCCGAAUUGUAGAAAGCCACUGGCUAGAGGUAAUCUAAGACAUAACACAAAGCUUCUUGAUCUAUUCGAGGGCAUGACUGGCAAGAAGAGAUCAUCUGGAUGCAAAAUUGGGGGGAAGAAGCCAGACAAAUACUGAAAUGAGUGAGAAAUUGUAUUUUGAGAAGAUUGUAAAGAAGAGCAUAAAGCGCAUGAGACUAAGGGUGCCAAAUCUCUGUUUGAGUCUAUUAUAAACUCGAUCAAGUCUUCGAUGAGGUUCCAUCAGAUUAUGAAUGAGAAGUUGCUUGAAGUCUAUGAAGGUGAGGAGUUUACAGAGUCUGUUAAAGAGGAUUAUGUUAAAGCAUUUGAGAGAACACUAAAUGACCAAGCAAAAAAAGUGAGACUAAAAUACAGAUAUGACUUUUUGAACAUUUCUGAAAGAAUUUUUGGAUAUCAGCUUGAUAGAGGAAAUUUAGAGGAAGAAUUCGACAAGCUAUUAGGAGCAGAGAAGUUUGAGCAUAUACCUGAUUUGAUACUUUUGAGGAAGAAUUGAAGAGAAAGAGAUUUAGACCAUAAAAAUUAUGUUGUUGAUAUGAUGCAUCUUCUUAACCUUAGUAUCAAUGAUUUUUUGGAAUACAAACCAAUCUCUGUGAAAUUUGAAACUAUUCCAGAACAAACUUUAAUCAAGCAGCUUCUUACUCUCAAGCACUUAAAAAUAUCCCUGGUUAUAGCUCCAGAACAUCAAAGCGCAAAAUUGAGUCUAAAGAUUGACUUUGACAGCUCAACAAAAGCUAAAAUAGACCAAAUGCUACUUUCUAUCACUUCUCCUCCUCCAAACAUGCCUAAGCUUUCGCAGCGCCACAAAAAUAUGCUUGCUGAUAUUUACCGCUCUUACUACUCCUUUGGAAAAAUCAGCAUCGAUAGCAUGGCUGUGACUCAUUCAUGUAAAGAUACUUUUGAGCGUAAUGAGUCAGAAAAGUCUGAAGACGGAGAAGAGCCUAGGAUGGAUUUUUCGCCAUACCAUCCUCUGAUCCUUGGUAAAAUCUCAAUUCCAAGUAAAAAGGUUACUGUGGAACUAUCCUUAAACCCGAUGACUUCGCUUUUGCAAAACUAA